AGGCACCUCCGCGGCUGCCGAUGCAGUAGCACUGUUGGUGUCGUCAGCAGGCUGCGAGGCGGCCAAUGGGAUCUACCAGGCGUCGCCCGCGGCGAAGGUGGUGUUUCAGCACCUAAGCUCUGCAGGCUUCAAAAUCUUCCGAGAUGAACAGGUUCUUCCAAAUGGCAAAGUCAAGCAUGGCUGGUUGCUCAGUGGCCAGGGCGAGCCGCUCUAUGGGCUUCCAUCAGAGAGCCUCAGCGUGCCACUGGCUGCCGCAUGGCGAUGCUACAAGGCCCCCGCGCCUGCGCCACGUUUCCGUGCCUUCAAGGCAGUUGCUGAGGCUGUCUACCAGGUUGUAGACGAUGCCGAGGUUGCAACCAAAGAAGCCUUCAAGGCGGAGGAGUGGGAAAUGGCCCGUCAGCACUGCGUGGCAGCCCUCGAAGCUCUGUCCAGGGCCAACCAACGCUUUGGCGAGGCAUUUGAGGUGCGGGCCACACGAAUCUUCAGCCUCCGUUCCGAGGCGGAGCUGCAAAUGAGGAAUGUCGCUGCAGCUUUGACCCAUGCGGUUGCGGCGCUGGAGAUUUCGCCUGGUGAUGCCAUGGCGAAAGCCGCGGCGCUUUCCGCAGCCAAAGACUUGGGCGAUGCCAAAGAGGUGGAGGAGUUGCUACAGGCCGUUGGCUGCGGAGAGAUCUUGGACCGCUGCGCGCCACUGAGCCUUCGGCCGGUGGAGAGGUGGGUCGACGAGGUCUUCCGUGUGGCUGCCACACGGGCUGCCUAUCGUCGACGGCAAGAGCAAUUGGGGUCUUUGGCCGAUGAUCUGUUGGAGGAGAGUGAUGAGGUUGAUGAGGAUCAAAAUGAACCGCCGAAUUUUCAAGUGGAGGCCUUGCGAGAGAACGAGGAGGUGACUGAUGCCUUUCAUAGCGGCUUCACUGCAUGGGCCGGUUUUCGAUCCGAAGAGAUGCAGGAGCCGUUGCUGUUCCACGAGUGGAGCCUUUGGCUAGGUGGCCAACAGUCUGUGAUGAACUGGCGCUUUACGGCCCGGCGGAAGGGGCUGAAGUUGGCAUCGGACUCAGAGAUGGAGUGCUUUGAUCAGCUUUCGCCGCGCUCGCAACGGAGGUGGGCUGUAGAGAAGUUAGUGGCUGCCUAUGAAGCUGCAGGGCGACCUGCACAGGAGCUGCCAUACCACAAGACCCCCUGCUGUGAUGCAGAUCUCAUCUUGAACCAGGUCAGCCACAAUGUGCCAAGCUUGAAGGGCGUGAAGUGGCGGUGAAAAUCAAGAGCUUGUUGCUGGAUCCAACGAUUUGC